AAUAUCCAAUUAGGUCAUAACAGAAAGGCAGGCAUCAUCAGCACAGGGAAAGUUGACGGCGCCAGAACCCAGGUCAUGUGUUUUUAGAGCAUCGAGCAUGCUUUGUGGAGCUUCCGGUGUUGCUGCCGCAGACUGCACACUCUAUUGCACCACUUUACCCUGUCUGGAUCCCAACUUUUCUCGACUACAGCACUAUGGAUCUUCUGUGGACGGACACAAGCGCCUCGGUACGGCAUGCAAAUACGUACUCUGACGUCGGCGGUCAUGUGGCUUUUGGCGUAGAGCCUUCUUGUGAUCGCCAAUUUUUCCUUUCCUGUCGCCUGUUGUCUCCUCGGUUACCGGACCACGGCGAGAUUGCCUAGCCCAGCUUUGACAGUUUUUGUGGUGUAAUAACAGAGUCUUUGCUUUGUACCCAUACUCACGACUUCACCUGAGCAUCGCGCCAAAACCGCGGGCAGGUAAUUACCCAUCAUGCAGGAGCUCCUCCAGAACUGGAGCUGACACUGUCAGCUCGACCCCCCAACAUUGUGCACAACUCUCCUAUCUCCACUGGACCUUCAUGUCCCCUGGUUGAGGGUACAAGCUUGUUGGUCUACACCUGGUCUAUACCUAGUCCUUCCUUUCAUUCUGGCUGGACUUUCUGCUGCACCUUCUGCAAUACUGUUUGCCUCUCACUCAGACACUGGGGUGGAGCAAACCAGGCACCUUAACUUUAAGCACAAAGGUGACAUUGGGCAUAAGCCAACAUCAUGGCUAGUCGACGAAAAGCAUCUACUCCCUGUAUGAUCCGACCAGAUCAUACCAUAGUGGAACCAGAUGACGAUGAAAUGGAGGAUCCAUGUGAUUUACAGGCAAACGUGAAUAACCAUAGAGAUUCAAGUCCAAUGGAAACUGAUGUCUCACCACAGAAAGAACUGUCCAUGGAUUUGGACCUACUGGACAAAGCAUCGGACUCCCAGUCAUCAACAGACCAUACCGCAGCAGAAUCUGAUCUCACUAAGUCCCAGCAAAAGCAGCAGGGAGGCUACGAGUGCAAAUACUGCCCCUUCUCUACCCAAAAUCUGAACACUUUUAAAGAACAUGUGGAUGCUAACCACCCUAAUGUUAUCUUGAACCCAUUGUACCUGUGUGCUGUCUGCAAUUUUAACACCAAGAAAUUUGACACCUUAACAGAGCACAACGAGAGGUGUCAUCCGGGGGAGAGCAACUUUAAAUUCAAACGCAUCAAAAUGAACAAUCAGACAAUCUUGGAACAGACUAUAGAGGGAUGCAGUAAUAAUGCUGUUAUUUACAACUCUUCUAGCUCCAUUUCUGGUAAAGUGGAGGAUAUGAAUAAAUCGACUGCAGUCAAAAUCAGCAAACCAAAAAUAAUGACUUCGGAUAGUAGAUGGACAGAUGGAACGUUGGGUAAACUUGCCCCAGAGUUGGUUAAGAAGCCAAUCACCGCAGUGAAUGUGAACGGAACAGUCAUCAUCCCAGAGUCCACACUCCUCAAAGCGGACAGCCUUGCUCACAUCAUGCCUUCACUACAGCGGCCUCUCAACUACACACAGGUGCCCAAGAUUGCUGUGCCCUUGAAUACAACCAAAUAUAACCCUUCGCUUGACGAUAACUUGACCCUCAUCUCCUCCUUCAACAAGUUUCCUUACCCAACCCAGGCUGAGCUGUCAUGGCUUACUGCAGCCUCCAAACACCCAGAAGAGCAAAUCAAAGUUUGGUUCACCACACAACGGCUAAAACAGGGUAUAAGCUGGUCACCAGAGGAGGUUGAAGAAGCAAGAAAGAAAAUGUUUAACGGUACAAUCUCUCAAACAUUCGCUGUAGUGGCCCCUCAGCUCAACUCGCAAAUAUCCUCGAAUUCUUCAACCCCCACCUCAGCCUCCAAAUCCACCCCACCCACAGCCUCUCUCCUCCAGCCGCUCCCCUGUCAACUUGUGGGACAGACAAGCCUGGUGCUCACACCUGUGGCAAAUGGAUCUGCUGUCACCUGUGCCCCUUUGGCUCUCACUGUGGCUAACCAGGUUGCACAAUCGCUUAAAAGACCCCUGCCUUCCCCUGUGAUUUCCACAGAGAGCAAACGGCCGUCCAUAAUUCAAACUAUCUCUGCCCCUGUGCUUUCUCCCAAACUGUCUUCACCCAAAGUCCUGAGCUUCACAGUUGAUCCAAACAAAACUGCAGAGCAACUGUCUGUGCUAAGGACCAGCUACACACAGUGCCCCUUCCCUGAGGAGGAUGAGAUUUACAGGCUGAUAGAGAACACAGGGCUUUCCAGAGGAGAAAUAAAGAAGUGGUUCAGUGAGCAGAGACUUCUCAAUCUCAAAGGUGUUCCUCCCCCACCUGUGCUUGUGAAAGCAGAAGUCAAUACUCCCUCCAAAGACGGCCCAGUGAAAAAGACUGUUCCAAGUCAGUUUCCGCUGCUGGAGAGAGUCAAGGGGAAGAGCUCUGAGCAGCUGAAGGCUCUGGAGGAGAGUUUCCAAAAGAUCAGCUGUCCAACAGAGGCUGAGCUAGACCAGCUGGCCCAGGACACCUGUCUUUCCAAAACCGAGGUUGACUGCUGGUUUUCCGAGCGGAGAGCUCUGGAGAAGGCUCUGCUCAGCAUGAAGAGUGCAGAGGAUCGUCCAGGGGCAAUGCAGAAUGGGGCAUCUCACCGUGAACAGGAGGGGAAACACCAUCUCUCCUCCCCCCACCCCCCUCUUCUUUCCUGUUCAUCCGCAUCUCCUCCGGUCCUGGCAGCAUCCUCUCCACAUCCGCCGACUCUCUUGUCCUCUGCCUCUCCCCCUAUCCUCACUUCCUCCUCCUCAUCUUCGCCCCAUCCCCCCAUCCUUUCUGCAUCAAACAGUCCUGCGCCCAUCACCAGCCGCUCCCUCACUCUGCUCAGAGAGAUGUUCUGUCGGACACAGUGGCCUUCUCCAGAAGAGUACAGUCAGCUGGAGGUCCAAACCAGCCUGGGACGCACCGACAUUGUGCGUUGGUUCAAGGACCACCGCUCUGCUAUAAAAAGUGGUGAAACACUAGAGUGGAUGCAAGAGCAACUGAAAGCAAAAAACAAAUCAGAGAAACCACAAUGUAUUUCUAUAGAAACCUCAACUGCAAAAGAAGAAAUUAGUGGUGAGAAUAUGACAGAGCAGUCAAAGCAGUUGGACCAAGAGACAGUGCAGUGGUUACCAGAAAAGCUGGACCACGGAGUAACUGUCCUGAAGCCGUCAAGGCCAGACAAAACCAGUGACAAUGCUGCAGACAGUGGGAGGUGGGUAAAGGUGACUGUUGAGGUGGGGGAAGACCCUCAAGCAGCAGCAGACACAGAUAUUUUGGGUUUGGAGCAACCAGGCAGAGUUACAGGCUGAUAGCUGGUUGUUUUGUUCUGAUCAUCAUGAGAAAACCUUAAGUAGAUCGUAAUCGUGAGGACACAGUCUCGCUGAGAUCUCAUCCUGAAGCACCAUGGACCUGAGAUUUGCACUGAAGAGCACUUAAGUGUAGUGCGUAAAUGGACAUAAGAGGAGUGCCAAAGCUGGACUUGAUGCAUUGUUCUUACUACUUAGUGUGUUUUUAAAGCACCAUGUAAAUAUUUUUCUGUAUGGAGUGUUUGUACAGUUUUACUAAGAGGGCACUUUUGGUUACCAUUUUAUACUGCCCCAAACCGGAUAUGUUUUUGUUUUAUGAUCAAAGUGUAUAAUAAUCCAAAAAUAUUGUCAUAUUUUUGAAAAUCAUUAUGUUCAUUAGGCGUAGUCACUAAUGGCACUUAAUUGUACAUAUUCCUGUCAUUGUAAUAGAUUAAGUAAUGUAAGGCAUUUUCAGCUUAACUGUACCAGCCAUUUGGAAACUAACCUUUCCUUAUUUCUGCAGCUUCUUUUUGACUUGGCCUCGUAAUAUUUUGCUAGUGAGAGUGAAAAUCACUUGCACUGGAAAGUGCUAGAAGUGCAAUUAGAGGGAAUAACAGUGUUUGGAGAAACAGCCACAGCUUUACUGAGGGUUUGCAGUUCUGAGCAAAUCGAGCUGCAUUAGCACAGACCAAGGAAUGAAAGCACUGUAUGUCCUGAUGUCUUCUUGGUGAAAAUGUUUUGCCUCAGUAUCUAAGAUGUGUUUAACAGACUCAAACAGUGCCGAAUGUGGGUUUUUCAUACUGAGUGAGUUUUAUUUUAUUACUUGAGGUGUCUCUCGUUUUGUUAUGCCACGCUGCCUUUGGAGCUUUCACCUGACAUGUCUCUAUCUCUAAACCUGGUACAGUUCUCACAUUGGUUUAUUACAAUUUUUCAUUUCUGUUGAAACAAAAUGUUAAGUAUUAUUAACUGAACAUGCAGAUAUUUAGGUAUAAAUUACUUGUGCAUGGUAAUCAAAGCUCCCUCUCAUGAUCUGUGACUACAUGUUCCUUACUUUCCUACCUUUCACAAAAAGAGAUUGGCACUUAUUGUUCUUAGAAAUUUCUAUUUCUAGGGCUAUUUCACAAAAGUGACUAUUGGAUAAAUUCAAAUUCCAGCCUUAUGUUGUAAUGUUUUUUUAUUUUGUUGUCAUUACAGUUCCUUGCACGUCUUCAACUGUCCAUAGUGAAUGAGCCCCACAUGGGUGACCCUCUUGUAUGGAGACAAAGUAACUUCAUUAUAAGGCUUAUACAAGUUUUCCUUUUUUUUGUCAGUCACUUUUGUGUAAUGACCCUCAAAUUUACAGCUGGGUUAUUAUAGUCAAAUUUUGCAUCAUAAACUACCCGAUUUGUGCAAGCAGCAUACCAAUCACCACUGUUGAUUACUAAGCAGGUACACAAAAGUGCUUGCUGAAUGUCUGUGUAUGGCACUGCUUAAGUUUCAUGUUUAAAGGAUCUGGAAUACCGGUCAUUUAUUGGCUUGUAGUAAACACUGCUUGCUUUUUCAUUUUCUAUAAUUAUUCUGCUUAAACAGAAUAAAUACACAUCCAACUGUUA